AUGUUGAAACUGACGGAUGACAGAUCGGACGGCGGCCUGGUGUUCCUGCCACUCGAGGUGGCCGCCUGCAACCACAGCCUGGUGCUGCUCCCUGCGGGCAGGACGUGCACUCGCCACCACGCACAGUGCGAACGCGCGUCGGCGGACAACUACACGUGCUGGUGUGUGGGUGCGGGCGACGCUGUGGCGGCUGGCGCGGGGGCGGCGGUCGCCUCCUGGAACUUCCGGCGCGCGGAGCUGGAGGAGGCGCUGCUGCAUGCCGCCAACAACCUCACACUGCUCAGGUGUCCUGGGUGCGCCGAGCCGUGGUGCGGCGCUGCUGGCGAGGACGUGGACGCGCCCUGGGGCGCGGUGCGGCACGCCGUGCUCGCCGUCCAGCUGCUCUGCAUGUUCGCCGCCGUCUCGCUCGCCUGGGUCGUCUUCCGGCAGCGCAAGUGCAAGACGAUAGCUGCCGGCAUGUGGACCAUCCUGGAAACCAUACUACUCGGAGAGUUCCUGUUGUACGCCACGGUGCCGGUGCAGCUGCUGGCGCCGUCCGUGGUUCGCUGUCUGCUGGAGGCCUGGCUGCGCGAGAUCGGCUUCGUCGUCUGCUACGGCGCCAUCAUCCUCAAGCUCUACAGGAUCCUGAUCGAGUUCCGGACGCGCAAGGCCCACCGCUGGGUGGUGCGCGACAAGGACCUGCUGAAGUACCUGUCCGGCAUGGUGGUGGUGGCGCACGGCUACAUGGCCGCCUGGACCGCCUCGACGCUCAACUUCCUGGCCGACGGGCACGAGCUGGUGGCCCGGGGACGCACGCCCGACGGCCGACCCUUCCUCACCUGCCGGGCCCUCUGGUGGGACUACGUCACCGAGGCCGGUGAGCUACUGAUGGUGGCGUUCGGGCUGCACCUGGGCUUCGCGUCUCGCAACGCGGCGUCGCCGUACGAGGAGCGGCGCUGGCUGUGCGCGGCGCUUUGCAUCGAGCUGGUGGGCUCGGCCGCCUACUACGCGGCGCGCGCCGCCCUCUGGAGCCAGCUGGAGCCGCGCGCCUUCCUGCUGCUCAGCCUUGCGCGCUCCCAGCUCACCGGCACCGGCUGUCUGCUCUGCGUCUUCCUGCCCAAGCUGUGGUACGAGCAGCGGCGGUCGGCGAGCCGCGGGCAGUGCCUGGCUCAGGAGCUGUCGGCGCGCCUGCCGCUCGACGCCUUCCGGCCGGUGGACGGCGUCCCCACCGACGCCGACCUGGCCGAGAUCAACCUGGCCGACAUGAACCCCGACGACAUACGGGCGGAGCUGAAGCGGCUGUACACGCAGCUGGAGAUCCUGAAGAACAAGACGAUCCGCGCCGACAACCCACACAUCUCCAAGCGGCGCGGCGGCCGCAAGGUGGCUCACAGGCGCUUCUCCCUGCAGAAGAAGGGAAGUCGCGAGAAGGCCCUGCACCACCGCCAGCAGAGCCAGCAGCAGCAGGACGCCACCGAGACGGAGGUGUCGCGCACGCCCGAGGACUCGGUCUGCAGCAACGAGGGACCCAGCGCCGUCUACGCAGAGCUCGACCGCGACCUCCGGCCCUGAGGUUUCAGCCCCUCGCCCCGGAGGCCACCGCGCCGCGAGUGGUUCUGACGAGGCGGGGGGAGCACCGGCCCCGCGAGGGGACCCACCUGCGAAGAAGGCCUGCGCGCUGCCGCGAGGCAGAGCUGAUCCGACGUCGCCCUCUACCACUGUUCCUGGAGUGCUCCCGGGUGUACUCGGCUGUCACCAGUUUCUCCGUUACGAUCUCCCGUGUCGUUUCCAGAUUCUUCGUGCCUGUUUGACAUAAAUACGAUUCCAGUCAGCGAUCUUCAACAGCGUACCUGUUUAUCAGCCCCACCUACAGGUGGCAGCCCUGCUUUGGAACGGGAUCACUGCUCAAACCACUUCGGAAUAUGAACAAGCGAAUGACUCCGUGUCACAUACGACGACAACUAGGAGCCCUCCAACACUUACAUGGUGAUUCGCCUUCAGACGUCAAAUGGUGGAGAACACGAUGUACAACUUCCACUUAGGAUGUGCGUAACAGACUCAAACACGUGAACAGCAAAUCCUAUGAAAGUCUCCAGCACUGUCUCCAGGCAAAGACUAAGUCUGAAACUCCGAGCCCUAUUCUACUUGUGAAUCACACCAUACCUUUCAUCGUGUUGAUUUUCUAACUUUGGAUUGUCAGCAGCAUUGUUUCGCUCCAAAGGUAUAACGCCGGGUAUUUAUUACCUGACCACACGUAUGCUCUAGUCAACUCGUGGUGUUAAAGUAACGAAGGGCCUACAGAAAUAAAAUUGUUGCCUGUUGUCCUCGAAGCACCGUUGCCCAACUGGAUGAAUGCUCGACGUUACCAUUCUCAGCAGGUCUACAACAACGCCUUCACUUAUUCGACUGUUACUUUCUCUUCAAGAAUACUUACGGUGAAGUCUCAGCUGCCAUUCAUAUUUACUUAUAUCUUUAUAAGGGACUAUCCUAUCAUCCACAGAACGACAGCCAGGAAGCAUCACUGCAGCACCUGGAACGUUGUUCGCCGCUAGACUCGUCAACCUACAAGCUGAGUCAGCGUUCUCCAGUCUAUGUGUUGGUGCUAUAGUACCUCCAUCGACGUAGCACGCUCUUUCCUGUAGCAGAUCAACGUUCCCAGUCUCCCCUACGAAUCCUGACAGUAAAAAUCUGUUAUGAAAAGGAUGUAUAACUCAUCGCAGCAGCAUCAAGAAUCACACAAAUGUCGGAUGAAAGAGUCGUGAAAUUCUACAUUACAACUUUUUUCUUCUGUUCUGUAUACGACAUCGGUAUCUGGAAAUGAUACGCAGACAUGUUUAAUCUUACAAGCUAUUUUCAGAACAUUGGACACCUGUAAAAGCGUACGCUCGGACAGUGACAUCUAUUACAUAGGCAAACAUUGCCUGAAACCAGGACUAAAUUUGUGGCAGUGUCCUAAACUCUUAGCGAGCAUAUAAGAAUCAUGGAAUUCCAACACGUCAGCUCACGCUAAAGUCGACUAGAGAUUUUAUCUCAUUUGACGAGUCAUAGAGACUAACCGUGUAAAGAAGACAAGGAGAACUGUUUGGCGGACACAUUUAUAGAAUUCACUAGCGCACCGUGACACUGUGAAUCACCGUGUUCUAAUAGCAUUGCAAAUAAAGCGAUUUUCCAACAGCCUCUAAUAUCCAAAUGUCUAACCUGGCCCCACAUUUGUUUGCGAAGGAGUUGUUGGCCCAGAGAUCGGCUACAAGCCGAUUGGACUUUUGAUCAAAAACUACCAGCAUCACAAAAGGAUAUGAGAAUUACUGUUACGAAAGGGGUGGUAACGUAUCCUCUCAGUCAUCGCACCUGCGUUUUGGAAGCCAGUGACAUCUGUGACAUCAUUCGCAUCAGCUCUGGAAAUGUUGUUCUUUGCAAGAACGGUGCACAAAGUUUUAUCCGCCUGCAUUCCGGUAUCCUGGACGGAAGAGUUUGGAACCCAUGCUUCAUUCGGAGCUCUUGUUACGACUGCACUGUUCCUGCAAAUGCUCCAGGAUCUCAUCUACUGAGCGGAUAGACCAUCCACCAGAGAGUUUUGUUCCUGCGGGCACACUCGGGCAAGCCUGCAGCUCUGGGUGUGCUUCCAGUACAAAAUUAAAAAAAAAAAUGAAACUGACCAAUACACCCACUUUUUCCUCCACUGCUACACCUCUGAUACCAUAUCAUUAAAUUUACCUCACCUGGCACAGUGAGCUUUGGAAAUGCUCACACAAGAAUACGGACCAGCCAGCCACGUCAAUUGUGAAGUUCCGAACUCUGCGUACUAAUACUGUUUCCUCGAGAACUUCUUGGUCAAUGAACAAUUAACAAAAAGAAAUUGAAAGUGGUUACAAAGUACGCAAAGUGUUUCUGUACUCCUCACGUGUCUCGAACACUUAUUAUCGAUGUCUUAGAUAAGUGUGCGUUUAGAAGUAGACGCUUAGCAAGGGAAGCAAAGAAGAAUCAGGUGCUCUACUAGAAUCCUGUGCAUUUUACGAUGACGUAGUUAGUAUUACGCUGUGCAGCUUUUAUAGUGUAGCCACUCCCUAUGAACCAGUACGUCUAAGACGCCUCUUUGUCAGCACUCGCUAUACGAUUUUGGAACUGUGAAAUACAAACACAGAGGGACCACUGUUUUAGACGCAGAGUGAAAGCAGUGUGAGCGAAACUGCCAAGUAAAAGCGCAGCACAUUUUGCUCCUCCUUACUGCGUAGGGAACACCGGCAUAAACGGAUUAGGAAACCUCUGCGAUUCACUCUGUCACCACUGCUCAUGAUAUACGUAUUUCAGAAACAUUUGUCAAGCUAUUUCAAAAAUACCAUAUGUGGAACGAGACAAGAGAAGCUUUUGUAGAGUAAAAAGUAUAUGUAUAUUAGCUGGCUACUAGAUGAAAAAUUGUGCCAGAUUCGCUUCGAGCUGUUUCUGUUUUGUUACUGAAUCUAUUUUUGAAACGGGUGUUUAUCGGCAACCAUUGUUUUGGCCAGCAGUGGGCGGCUUGCAUCAGAGCUUCUAUAGUGGCAUUUUUACGUCAACGAUAAGCGGUGCCCCCUCCACAGGAGACACUUUUAGAGAGAGAGAGAGAGAGAGAGAGAGAGAGAGAGGGGGGGGGGGGGUGGCUCCUCCGAGAGCUUGUUGGCUGCCAGCAGUUUGUGAUUGUGUAGACGCCAAAGAUUACGCUUGAGCGAGAGUUAAUCAGCAGACCCUAAUUAACGCCAUAUACUACUCAUUACGUAUCUCAUCCCCAAUGUGAUAACGCCGAGCUUAUACAUGUGUAAAUGUUUCAUGGAAGGCAUCAGCUCAUACGCAUGUACAUAUCGGACAGGACAGCUUCACUCACUCCCAUUCUUCCAAACUACGCCCCCCGUCCAGUACGAUACCGCUACUUGUCAGGACAAGCUCAGACACGUCUCACUAUUGCUUUACGUCUGUAGAAAAGGUUCUUCUCCUUGAGCUAUGUGAAAUAUCAGAUAUUCAGACUUCUGUGGUCGACAAUAACGGUUAUAAGAUAAGGACGAAAAAUCAGACGCAUGAAGAUGCCCGAGAAGGUCCAUCACGAAAUCGCUUGACAUAUUUGGCUAUCGUCAGAUUUCUAGCACUGUGCAGUAGAGGUGGAGUGACCAGGGGGAAUCAAUAAAAGACUUGAUUUCUUUCCACGAUAGUCAGAAAUGCCUGUAGAGCAGUUUCAGUAACCUGUGUCAAGGGGACCUUACUGUCAACCCGGACAUCACUUUUCUAAGGCCUCUCAGUUCUGAGAUGGACUCGAAACAAUCGCGUUUGAAUAUUUGAAGAGUAUGGAACUGUGGAAAAUACAAGACGUCGAGCUGACACUGCGAAGUUAUGCAGCAAGAAACUCAAGAAGAUUCUAUGGUAUUGAUGUACCACAACAACUUUCCUAGACACAUGAAGCAUUUCAUCAGGUUUUCCCAUUUUUCCGUUUUUUACUACUAGCUGAAAAGGACCUGCUUCACUUGAUUUUUAUGGUCAUUUGUUUCUCACCUGUUUCAUUUCUUCACUGCUCUUUCUGUUUUACUCUUUUCAAAUCACCACUUGCAAGAUCUCUUCUUUUACGUUUAACACAUUGUUCAUUAUCUAAAACAACUUACUUUCACUUCAGUUUAUUUCGCUCUCUACCAUUCUCUCUUCUCCUUGGUCGCUAGACACAUUUGGUUAUGGGCAGAAUUUUAGCACUGUACAGCAUACUGGUGCAUGCGCCUCGCUAUCAUCUAUAUAAACUCUUCUGAGACGAAACGUAUCCUCACCGUAACAGCAUAUGGAAUACUCAAGGACAUUCUCGAACGUCCUCGACUACUCUGAAAGCACUAGACCGUUCUGGAACAUUGUAGAACAUACUAGAAAAUUCUAGAACAUUCUAGAGCAUUCUAAAAAGUGCUCUAGCGUUCUCCAAGGAACGUUUUGGCCUGUGUUGGUCACUUCAGCACUCGAGUCCUACCUGCUUCACCAGUUUCUGAUGAUAAAUUCAUUGUUGCAAUGUUGUCUUUUGACACCCGUAUCCUCCUACCCAGCCCCUGCAGUUAUAAAACGAAACCUUCUUCAUGGACUGGGGAUGAAGGGCUACCACACCAUAUAAACCUCUACGGGUGACGGGGUAGCGGCUUGCGUAGAUAAACCACACUUGUACUUAUUACAUAUAUUGAUGACCGACUCAAAAACUAAAUCCAUAAUAUCUUCACAUUCACUAGAAAAAGAACGCCUGGCGAUCCUUUGAAUGUAUGUGUAUCAGUGUGUUUGAGUACAUCCAGUAACCUGGUGGCACAGUCAUGACACUAAACUUAGGUAUUAGGACCAUUAGCCACUGUUGGCGUUUUUGCUUGGGAGCAAGGUUGUUUUUUAGGAAUAGUUAUGGUUCCCACUGUUCUACUUCACCAAGUGCUACAGAACUCGCUAAACCUCUAACGGUAGGACUUGGCUCGGCUGCAAUUCACGCAUUCAGUCUCUAUAGUGACUCUUGAUUCCUACAGCCACUUGUAGGACUGGGUUAUCACCACCACGUGGACUUGGCAGAUGCUGUCCGUGAUACUACCCAACAUUUGGAACCAUCUGUUCGUAGGUAAUUGUCACCAUAUCCUGGAAAUCCAAUUCUCCAAGAUGUUUCAUUGGGUCCUCGAGAUUGUUUUGACUACCAAUCACGAAUCUCCGUUCUGCUAGUUAAAGCCCCAUCCUCAACCCCCCUCCACUCCAACCACUACCCCCUCCCUCUAACCUCGGCCCGCUCACUUACUGUGAGGAGAGUAGCCUUGACGAACCGUGGUUUAACCUGCACCUUGCUCCUCUUAGCUGGUAUUUAGAAAGAAAAUCAUUAUUUGACUCUAGGGACACUGUCCUUGCCUUGCAGACCGCAUAACAUUAUUUCGAGCGCCCGCCAUUGGUCUCUUGACAUUUUAGGACACAAUCACCAUCAGCCCUUCGAAGAAAAGUUUCAUUGGACGCACAGUGCAGAUAACCCUUAGAACUCCCAUUAGUACGCAGUAGUACACCAUCGUUAACUGUAGAAAAUUUGUGACAAAGGUCGAAGACAGCUGAACUCUUAUAACUUCGGGUAAGAUGUAGAACACGAUUGUCGGAGAAAUUUAUGCCACGUUUUCACAAUUGCAAUGUAGGAUCACAGUCAGUGAGACGAGCGAGUUCAUUCUAAGUCUAAUUAGCAGCCAAAGGGGCCGACACAGGCAACGAAGAAGGAUAUUCUCAAUUAAAAAUAGCGGAGCACUUAAACUGCCUCAACGACGGUCUUGUUCAGGGUAGCUUGUCCCGGCAGUGUGGUAUCGCCGUAACCACACAGCACGAUCAAACCACAAGUAAAGCCUACCUUGCACCCACACAUAAAUUUCACAACUCGGUCCCAAAAUCUAAACUUCCUUUCUGUGGCCUCCCUCCACUCAUCUUCCACCUUUUAUCUUUCUCUGUCUAUCAGCGCCCACCUACAAUUUGAAAUACACUCAUAGCCUUUUGUAUAUACUCCUUUCUCAUUAAACUUGUCCAUUAAAAGAUGUUUUGUAUGUCAAAGAGAAAUUUUAAAUAAAAUGUUUUAUGUUGAAGAUAUAUAAAUGUAUGUACAAGAAAAAAUAUAUAUAUAUAUAUAC